CCCCCCCAGGUACUGCGUCAAAUAAGUCACUGUCACCAACGUGGACGCCAGCAGCAGCAACAUGCCAAACAACCAACGUAGGUCCGCCGCCGGACGCGCCUUCGCCACCGCCAAGUCAUACUCCUUCUCGGGUCCGUCCAACAGCCGCUCUAACUCCUCCGUCGUCGUUCGCCGCAUCUCCCCUUCGUCGCCCGUGUCGCUGGGCGAGUCCUCACGAUAACGGGGCGCGAUCACCCCCUCCUCAACGGCCGCCUCGUGCGCCUC